UGUUCGGAUGUGGUAGAAGUGUUUUUCCGCGUCGUUUGUGAAAAAAUCGCUCAAAAAGCGGUGAAAAGCCGCCGGAAACUGGCAGAAAAGUGCUGGAAAAGCUGCCCCGGUACCAGUGGAAGACAGUUGUGGUGUUUUUCCGGGAGGAAGUGUUCGAUUUGGGCAGGAAACAAUUACAAAUGUGUUAGCUCACAGUAAAAGUUAAUUCGGUAACAUUUUGAGCAGUGAUUUUAACGACAUGGAUCAGCCAAACGACGAAGGAAAGAUUCAGACCCGUUCCCGUUCUCAAACUCCAGGCCUUGUUCUUCGUGUUAGCUCCGAAAGAGAUGUAAACGGAGAGUCGAAUUCUAAAGCCAACGACAGAAAGACUAAAAAGGCACCCACCGUUACCACAAUUCAGGAGGAAUUAAGUUUAUCGCAAAAAUCUACCGUAGAAUCAACGGGAGGAGCACAAACUGUGCGUCAAGUUCGUAGCAUCACAUCGGACUACUCCUCGGAUGGCGCUUCCCCGGAAAAACCCGCUUCCAAGCGAUCGUCUGCGAACACCAGCAGCAGCAAUAGCAACCUGAAGGAGAAAUCGAUCAUCAUCACAACAACCACUACGACCACAUCUUCCAGUACGACCAAAACAAACCCAACUACAAAGCCAGCAUCGCCCACCAAGAAGGAAGUACGCCAAAAUGAGAUCAAUCGCGUGCUAGAGGACACUCAGACGGCCAUUCUGCGUACCAGUACGCCGAAGGCGUCCUCCAAAUCCCAGAAAAAAGCAACUCUGACACCGGAGGACCUCAAAAGCCACGCCGCCUAUAAAGAGUACAAAGAUGCCGGGGAGUACUGGAACAAAUUCCCUAAAACUGACUACACCUACUCGGAGCUGUCUCCGCAUCGGAGAGAAAUCGCCCCCGGUGUGGUGGCCAUGCCGAACAUGUCCCGUCCGGGGUUGAGUAAACAUGCCGAGCGGAUCAGCGUUAUGAUCCAGCGAAAUCCCACCCAAGAAUCGUACAUCCGCCAGCGUUACGCUUCGGCAAAGUAUUCCAGUGGAGGAACGGCCGGUGGCAGUUUUGCCCGCGCGGAUCCUUACGAUUCGGGCGAGGAAGAUCUGUCUCAAAUUUCCCGCUCGAAGAGCUUCAGAACCAGCCAGGGAAAGUUGGUGGUCGAGGAACACCGUUCGAUCGUGAGUCGCUUUUUCCUGUCGAUUGUGAACUUUUUCUACAACAGUUCGCACACCGUUUCACGGGUGUUCAAUCGUUCGGAACACAAUAUGUAUUACACUAGAAUAGAGGAUGAGAGAGGCUUCUUCGCUAAGGCUUACUCGAUGUUCGCAUCAGUUACUACGAGCAUCUUCAAAAAAGUAUAUUUGCUGAUCUCAUCCGUAUUGUUCCUGGACGCAUGGCUGCUCCAAACAUCGGCCAGCGACGUACAGCAGGGUCGCCGCAAGCGUAAAUUUUUGCUCCUGCUUCUGGCUCUGCUACCGUUCCUGUUGUUUGGCGCUUACCUUCUAGCAGACGAAGACCAGACAAUCGUGCUGCCGGCUUCGAAACGUGCCACCAUUGCGCUUUCCUCUCUGUCAAAAAUAGUACCAUCCCUGACGGCUGACGAUUUUGACACGCUGAAAACCAACCUCUUCCAGAAACUGGACUGGCGGGAAACUGGCGGUUUCAGCUGGCAAACGCUUCUUCCGUCGUUUAGUUUAUACUUUUGGCGAACGUCCUCGAACGACGAACCGGGACCACAGUACGAGAAGCUGCGCUCCAAUCUACAAACCGCGCUCAGUCCAGAGGAAUACGAGAGCCUGAUGCAGCACAUUGAUUCCUACAUUGAGAGUCUGUUAGCGGAGAAGUUCGAAAGAAAGGCGGCAUUGCAGGCGCAGCAGGAAGCGAGUGCGAAACAACAACCCCUUCAUCCGGACGUGACUAUUCACCUGGCUAAUGUGGUUCAACAAAGCUUGAAGGACUACAACUAUCAGUUGAGUGCUGAAGAUGUUGAACGAGUUGCCGAAAAAGUUAAAAAUGAAUUGUUGACCAGCUAUCCACAUGUUUUCGGUAGUAAAUCAACGGAUGGUAGUGAGCGAAUCAAGCGGGAGGGUGUCGAAAUUUCAAAAGAUACUUUGGUUGAAAUUCAACGGCUAAUCAAGCAGGAAAUUAGUGUCACAAAUAAUAAUUUUAUUCUCAGUGACCAGCAGUUGGAGGAUGUUCUGUUGAAGAUUUUGUCUUCUACUAAACUGGUUGAACUGAUUGAUGCUAGGAUUCUACAACAGACAAAAGGGUUCGCUAAAAACGGAAAAGAAAAUGAGGCGGUUUUGGUGGAAAAUUUGAAGAAUGAAAUCGCAGAAAUUAAAGCCCACUUCACGGAGAAAUUGGCUGCAAGCAGUUUGAUGCUGGAAGAUAACCUGCAAUCGUUACGUGACAAUCAAGAUCGGCUGGCCGAACAAGUGAACAGCUAUCGAAUAGAGAACGAUGAGAGGUACGUUAAGCUAUUGGCCAGUAUUGAUGAGCGUUUGGCUGCUGCGCAGCAAGAGCAAUUUGCCGGUUUGAAUGCCAUCAUCAAGAAGAACAUUGUUACUAUAUUGGGGAUGAAUGUGCAUGACGAUGUAACCGAUGAGGAUUUAAAAACGUGGAUCAGCAAUCUGUUUGUAGCCAAAGAUUACCUGGAGAGUCGUCUGAAAGAGUACCAGGAAGGGGUCAGUACCCUGAUUCAGCAAGAAAUGGAACGUUCCGCUGCCGUACUGAUGAAGGAUAUUAGUGAAAAAAUCCAAAAAGAAGUUCUUUCGUCGGUACAAACCUUCAAGAGUGAGCUGAACAUUGAUGCCAAGGCGGGUCGAGUGACCUCCGAUGGCGGUGGUGGUGGAAUGUCAGAAGAUGAAGUUCGCAGAAUUGUACGGGAUGCGCUUCGCAUCUACGAUGCCGAUAAAACGGGACUGGUCGAUUACGCUCUGGAGUCCGCUGGUGGACAAAUUUUGUCCACCCGCUGCACGGAGAACUAUCAAUCGUCGUCCGCGCAGAUCUCCAUUUUCGGUAUACCGCUGUGGUAUCCGACCAACACGCCACGGACGGUCAUUUCGCCGACCAUGCAGCCCGGACAGUGCUGGGCGUUUUCCGGAUUUCCAGGGUACUUGGUCAUCCAGCUGAAUAGCGACGUAAUCGUGACUGGCUUCUCGCUGGAGCAUAUCUCCAAACUGCUUGCACCAAAUGGACAAAUUGAUUCCGCUCCGAUGAAUUUCUCCGUUUGGGGUCUCGCCAGCGAGAACGACCCCGAACCGAUCCUGUUGGGUAACUACGUGUACGAGGAUAAUGGGGCGGCACUGCAGUACUUUGCGGUGGAAAACCCAAACCGGCCGGAGUUGCAGGGCCGAGCAUUCCGCAUCGUCGAACUGCGGAUCGAGUCAAACCACGGUAAUGUGAACUACACCUGUCUGUAUCGGUUCCGAGUGCACGGCGAGCGAGUGUGAGGUGCACCCAUCCGGUGGCACAAGGCAGCGGCACAAGGAGCAAUUGUAGAUAGUAUGAGGGAAGUCGUUUUUUUAUUGUAAUUUAUUCUUUAGCGUUUAGAUUUGAUUUUAGUAACCUUCAUCGCGAGGGUUUUCAGUUGUUUAAUUUUAUUAAUAUUUAGUUUAGUAAGUUUGAACCAGCGGGAGAUGAUGGUGCAAUAACUGCCAUUUUGCGUAGGUACGAGUCACACCGCGCUCCGAGAACAAGUAGGUAAGUUUGGCACCAAAUCUAGCUUUUCUCUGUGUUUAAGUUUAGGAAUCAUUUUUAUUCUACACUACGCGACGUAGUCUUUGAAAGCUUCAACGUCAGGUGAAGAUUUUAAAUGACUGACUUUUAUAUGUUCUUGUUUUUUAACACCUCCUUUCCUUUCUUCUGUUCUUAACUACUUAAACCUAAAUGCUUUCUUUAGAUUUUUUUUUAGUUUGUAUGAAUGGAAUCACCUGUGUCAGGUUAAGGAUUGGUAAUUAAAACCGUUUUUGCGCAUUUGGUUGUGCAAUGCUUGCUCUAUAUUUUUAUUUUAAUGGUGAUAAUUAUUGAUUUGUUUUUUGUUGUUGAUUUUUUUCGUCUUUCAAAACUGAAAAAUGUAAAUUUUUAAAACCAUUUUUGACCAAUUGGUUGUGCAGUUCAUGCUCUAUAUUUUGAUCUUAAUAGUGAUGAUUAUUGAUUUGUUUUUUUUUUGUUGAUUUUUUACCACUUUCAAAACUGAAAAAUGUAAAUUUUCCAAGUCUGCAAGGAAUGAAGAAGACAUUCAAAAAUGAUCAGCUGCUUCUUGGUUUUGGCCGCAAAGUUAUUGGAUUAGAUCCUUCGUUUGAAAUUCCACAAUUUCUCAACCUCCGUUUGAGGACAAAAAAUUGUGUCUAUUCAUCUCACCAGGUCUAGCCAAACGAUGUUCUCCUUCGCAUGAUACUUUUAACGUAGAACUACGUUUUUGUUUUCUAUAUUGGGAUACAUUUUAGAAGCACGAGGAAUGAACAUGCAACGAGAAAUGGUUACGUUUUGCACGCUUAUAAUGCAACCAUUUCUCAAUGGAUUUUAGAGAUACACUACAUCAAUUGAUCUGAAAUGUUUCUAUGAAUUAAUUGAUGUUAAGAAUUUAAGAGGAAUUUUUCAAAACCCUAUUGGAAUCGCUUGAAGCAAGCAAGGUUGAGAGAGGGCUAUUUCAACAUCAACAGGGCUUCGGUAUCAGAGGCACGGAACAGACAAAACUCGAUCUUCCGCACGAAAGUGCCACUAAUCCCAAUGAGGUAUGAUGGUACGAAGCGAUUGAAGAACGUUAUCGUGCAAAAAAUGCACCGAAGUUUUACGAGAACUAGCACACUAGAACACUUGCUCCUAUACUGCCGUGAAUUCCUAUUUCUCAGUAAAGACGAUUCUUUUACAAAUUUGCUCGGACGACGGUAUGAGCCAACUGAAUUCUUGUAUUGUAUACGUCGCUGGAACCACUAUUUCACUAUUAAAAAGUCUAUUUCAAAUUUUAUUAAUGGUGUGCUUAUGAUCGGAUGUAGGUGGUUCCUCCGAUUCACACUUUAUUGCCUGAAGAUUGUGGUUUCCAGUGCGCCAAUUACUAUCCGUUGCAUGUAUGUUCCUUAUAACCUCUGAGUAUUACAAUUGGACCUUGCGUCCUUCCAAAUUGGCACUGAAGUGGUCGAAUUAUCAUAAAAAUUGGCGCUGAGUGGCCGGAACGUCACACACGAAUUGGAUGAGCGAAACGGAUGAAGUAAAAAAUGUCGAUGAGUCGAUUAGUUGGACUUCCGGCGAACGACGCGGACGAUAAUUGCUUGCUGGUCACAGCGACACAACCCAAACCCGACUGCGUUGUCCGAGGUUUGCGUUCCCAAAUUUUCUAACCGCAAAUUGAGCACUUGCUGGGAUGAAUACAUUCUCGAAUGCUGCAAGCAAUUAACAUUCAACGACUCCAUCGCUUCUCGCGCACAAAUUGAGGAAGCCAGCAACGUAGCACUACGUAACGCUUUCCCAUUCGAGCUGCCCCAUAUUAACCCUCUCUGUCCCAUGGUAGCACAGGUGCUCCAUGACUUCCGAUACUAAAAUCGACCGAUAAAAUUUUUGAGGCAUUCAAAUAUGGAUAUUUUGAUUUUGUAACGUAAUAAAAACAUUGUUUUACAAGGUGUAUAGUUGCAUUUGACGAAUUGUUAAUUAAUAGCUUUUUUACAUGAUCAAAAACUGUAAACCACCAAAACACCCCUGGGACAGAGAGGAUUAAUACUGAUACCGUUAUUCCUGCAUUGGGUAAACUGAAGACCUCGUACGCAAUUGGACCAGAUGGCAUCCCUUCUGCGGUAUUGAAACGAUGCGGUUCUGCACUUAGUUCUCCUAUCGCCAAGCUUUUGAAUAAGUCGAUACAGCAACGCAAAUUCUCUGACCGAUGGAAAUUUUCUUAUCUUUUUCCAAUAUAUGAAAAAGGCGAUAAACGCGACAUAACUAAUUAUCGCGGGAUCACGUCCUUGUGCGCUAGGUCAAAACUUUUCGAGAUAAUUAUUAAUGACGCUUUGUUUGCUUGCUGUAAAUUCUACAUUGAUGCUGAGCAGCAUGGAUUUUUUCCAAAAAGAUCAGUAGCUACAAAUUUGAUGCAGUUUGUUUUCCGCUGUAUGCAAAGCUUAGACUCUAGCCUGCAAACCGAUGCUAACUAUCUAGACCUGAAAGCUGCUUUCGACCGUGUAGACCACGGAAUACUGCUAGGGAAAAUGAAGCGACUGGGUGUAUCUACGGACGCCAUCUGCUGGUUUAGAUCUUACUUAACGAAAUGAAAUUUAUGUGUCAAAGUAGGAUCUACCGUUUCCAACUGCUUCUCCAAUCGAUCUGGAGUUCUACAAGGCAGCAACCUGGGCCCGCUUCUUUUCUCGAUUUUCAUAAACGAUGUCGCGCUUUUGCUUCCGCAGGUCGAUUGCUUUAUGCUUCCGUCGAUUGCUUUAUGCUGACGAUACAAAAAUCUUUAGAGUCAUCACGUGCCAAAGCGACUGCGGGGAAUUACAGGAAUACCUGAAUGCUUUUGCGAACUGGUGUGCAACAAACUGUCUAACAUUAAGUAUAGACAAGUGCAACAUAAUUUCGUUUCACCGAAAGCGUGCGACCUAGGAGUACUGCUAGACAACGAGCUAACAUUCAGGAACCACAAUGAAAGUAUCAUCUCAAGAGUUAACCGCCAGCUAGGAUUUAUUUUCAAAAUUGCCGAUGAAUUUCGUGAUCCUCUCUGCCUUAAAUCACUCUAUUGCUCUCUUGUGAGAUCGAUCCUAGAAACUAAUUCUAUUGUAUGGUGCCCAUUUCAUGCCAACUGGUGCAACAGAAUAGAAACUGUGCAGAAGAAAUUUAUCCGCUACGCGCUUCGCCAUUUGCCUUGGAGUGACUCGCUGAACCUGCUAUCAUACGAAGUUCGCUGCCGACUUCUUGGUAUUCAGUCUUUGAAGUUGAGACGACGAAUUGCCCAAGCUGUCUUUGUUGCGAAGCUCCUAUACAAUCACGUGGACUGUCCUUCGCUACUGGAGCAGUUGAACAUAUAUGCUCCUGUUAGGCAGUUACGUCAAAGGAAUUUUCUGUAUCUAGAAACGCGGAACCGCCAAUUUGGAGCUCAUGAACCUGUCAGAAUUAUGUGCCAACGUUUCAAUGAAGUGUUUGAGUUAUUUGACUUCAAUGUUCCAGUUCAUGUUUUUCGAGAGCGACUAGUCAAUGUUUUCAAUAGAAGCCAGAAUUGUUUUAUUCAUUAAGACAAACAGUCAGAUGGAUUUUUUGUAAUAAAUAAGGCCAUUGCAAAUAUUUUAGAAAGUUUUUGUCCU